AUGUCCACUGAAACCACGGAUGAUGAAGAUAAGAAAAGAUCUAAAUUGGAAAAGAUGUAUCCCAUUGGUUUAGGAUUAGUUUCAUUAAUGCAUGAAAGGGAUUUGAUCACAUUCAUUAAUGAUAAUAACGGGAAUGUUCGAGUGAUGAAGAAGAAAGGAUCGAAUUCUUAUUCUAUUCCGAGCCAUCUCUACGCUGUCUGCAACUUUGAUAUUUCUUUACUACCGAUCAAGCUCAACCUGCCAAUGGUGUGCAAACCUCUUGAUUGGACGAGUGCCUGCCCUCCGGGGGAAGAGCCUAGAACUCUUUCCGAUCUAUCAGGGGGUUAUUUAAGUGGUCCAACUGGGGAAAUAUAUGAUCGUUACCGCCUGUUAAGUACCGGUAGCCUUCAUCAUUAUUCUCUUUAUAUAGGAAGGGGAAAGGGAGAUUCUAAGAAACUGUGUGGUGUAAUGAACACGCUGCAGGGUCAGGCCUUUAAAAUAAACAGUGAUUGGUUGAAAUAUAUUCUAGAAAAUGAGAAUUCAUUUGUUGAAUAUGGUUAUCUCAAGCCAAGAUUUCUUGUUUCUUUGAAUUUGAAAAAAGCAUAUGACUUACUUAGAGAGUUUCACAUGAAGGAUAAGGUUAUUAAUCAAUUCUGUAGCUUUAGCGAAUUGUUACAAACAUUAAAUAAGAACAUUCAAUGUUCUCGUUAUGAGGAUUUCAUUAUCAAACUGGCAAUAGCCUACGAUGGUUAUCAUUUUUAUUUGCCUGCCUUUCUCGACUUCCGAGGUCGAAUCUACCGCAGUGGGAUCUUGCAUUUCCAUGAGCGUGAUCUAGCUAGAAGCCUGAUCCUAUUUGCUGGUACUGAAUCUAAAGAUUCUAUAUCUGAGGAAAUGAAAAUUCAGAUUAUGGUAGCAGCAGCCUUCCAUUAUAAGAAGUUCAUCACUGUCGAUCAUGCAAAAGAGUGGUGUUUGAAUAACUUCUAUAAUCUAGAAAAAAAUUUGAUCGAUUUCGCUCGGGAGGCUAAACACCCCUUUCAGUUCCUGGCCAUAGCUAUUGGACUUUGCAACAACAAAACGGAUGUUCUUUUGAACACACCUAUUACCCAAGAUGCCUCAGCGAGUGCAUAUCAGAUUAUGAGUUACUUCUUGAUGGAUGAAAUCCUGGCUAAGAGAACGAAUCUCAUCCCAUCCGAAGAUGGUGAAAUCAAAGAUUUGUAUUCUUUCUUGCUCGAAGAACUCAUUGAGUUCAUGAAAGCAGAACUCGAUAAUAAAUCUCUAUCAAAUACUGUUUGCCAAAUCCUCACUCGUAAAAUAGUCAAAAAUCUCUUUAUGCCUAUUAUCUAUGGCAAAACUCUAAUGAGCACAACCAUGGAUCUGAAAGACAAUCUCUCUCACUACAUCACUUAUAAGGAUUGUUGCGUUGUAGCCAAAGCCUGCUUUCAGUUCUGGAAUCAGAGAUAUCCUGGAAUGAAUUGCCUGAUCCGGUUGAUCCGUCAUAUAGGCUGGAUCGCGUCAGCAGGGGAUCGCCCUGUUUUCUAUAAAGUACCUUACUUUACCACGGUACAGGAUUCUAUGAAAAUGGAGGCAACAAAGAUAUGGGUUUAUGAUAGACUUCAUAAGAAGAAGCGUGGGGUGACUCUCAGAAUUGCUACAUCUCAGAGAAAUCGUAAGAAGACUGUUACCUCUACCUUCGUCAACUUCAUCCAUCAGAGGGAUGCAUAUAUUGCAAUGAACGUAGUAGAAUCUAUGCUAUUUUCUAAUUGGCCAAUAUACACAGUACACGAUAACUUUAUAAGUACUGUUGAAAAAAGCAAUUGA